GUCCUGAAGACAGUGAAAAUUCAGAUCGAGAAGUGGUUGGAGCCAAAGAAAGCAAGUCAUGCAAUGUCGAAACUGCAUGCUUUACUAUCAGCCUCAAAAUAUUUGAAGCAAUUUUUGGUGACUUGCAAUGACCACUGUGGUGAGAAUUUGAAUGGCAAAAGAGUGUUUUUAAC